GCAUCUCUCUCUCGCUAAGCCCGCCACCGCCGCGACGCGCUCCGCCACUCGGCAUCAUGGCUCUCUCCGCCGACGCCGCCUUCCAGAAACUGGCCGCCUGGCACAAGGCCCACGGCGCCCAGCUCGUCCUCCGACAGCUCUUCCAGGCCGACCCGGAGCGCUUCAGCAAGUUCAGCUUGACCUUGAAGAGUGACCAUGGGGACAUCUUGGUGGACUAUUCAAAGAACUUGGUUACAGAAGAAGUGAUGAAGAUGCUGAUAGAACUGGCAAAAUCGAGGGGCAUUGAGAAAGCGAGGGAGCAAAUGUUCACUGGAGAAAAGAUCAACUUCACUGAGAACCGAGCUGUGCUCCAUAUUGCUUUGCGGAAUCGCUCAAAUACUCCAAUAUUAGUUGACGGCAAAGAUGUAGUCCCAGAAGUGAACAAGGUUUUGGAGAAAAUGAAGAAUUUCUGCCAGAAAGUUCGCAGCGGUGACUGGAAAGGCUACACGGGAAAAGCCAUCACUGAUGUGGUCAACGUUGGCAUCGGCGGAUCAGAUUUGGGCCCCCUUAUGGUAACAGAAGCCCUCAAGCCAUAUUCCAAGGGCGGUCCUCGUGUUUGGUUUGUCUCCAACAUCGACGGCACCCACAUGGCCAAAACUCUGGCUGAGCUGCACCCCGAGACUACACUCUUCAUCAUUGCAUCCAAGACUUUUACCACCCAAGAAACUAUUACCAAUGCCGAAACAGCCAAAGAGUGGUUCCUAAAUGCUGCUAAAGAUCCUGCGGCUGUGGCCAAGCACUUUGCUGCCUUGUCUACCAACGGGCCUAAAGUUAAAGACUUUGGAAUUGACACUCAGAACAUGUUCGAGUUUUGGGACUGGGUCGGUGGCCGUUAUUCAUUGUGGUCUGCCAUUGGCCUCUCCAUUGCUCUACAUAUUGGUUAUGAUAACUUCGAGAAGCUGCUUGCUGGAGCCCAUUGGAUGGACAAUCACUUCCGCACUACUCCGCUGGAGAAGAACGUGCCCGUAUUGCUGGCAAUGCUGGGGGUCUGGUAUAUCAACUGCUUCGGGACUGAGACCCAUGCGCUUCUGCCCUACGACCAGUACAUGCACCGCUUUGCAGCAUACUUCCAGCAGGGAGACAUGGAAUCUAAUGGGAAAUACAUCACCAAGAAGGGCACUCGUGUGGAUUACAAUACUGGGCCAAUUGUGUGGGGUGAGCCUGGAACCAAUGGGCAGCACGCUUUCUAUCAGCUGAUCCAUCAAGGAACUCGUAUGAUCCCGUGUGACUUCCUCAUCCCAGUCCAGACGCAGAACCCUAUCAGGAAAGGGCUGCAUCACAAGAUCCUUCUGGCCAAUUUCCUUGCCCAGACCGAGGCCUUAAUGAAAGGGAAGACCACAGACGAAGCUCGUAAAGAGCUGCAGGCUUCUGGGCUGAGCGGGGAUGCCCUGGAGAAGAUUCUUCCACACAAGGUCUUUGAAGGAAACCGCCCAACCAAUUCCAUUGUGUUUACUAAACUUAACCCAUUCAUUCUUGGAGCCUUAAUUGCGAUGUAUGAACACAAGAUCUUUGUUCAAGGAGUUAUAUGGGAUAUUAACAGCUAUGACCAGUGGGGCGUUGAGCUUGGAAAGCAGCUGGCCAAGAAAAUUGAGCCAGAACUGGAAUCUGAUGCGCCGGUGACAUCUCACGAUUCCUCCACCAACGGGCUGAUCAACUUCAUCAAGAAACACCGGGCCUGAUCCGAGGGCAGGAAGGCUGCGUGCCGACGACAAUCCAACCACCAAACACCCAGAUCGAUGUUGUAGUCUGUGCUUCGUUAACCACUCUUAACCGGAAUAGCACUUUUUUCACCAGUUCUGGCCUCUCUUCACUUGUUAGCUGUUAACGGUUAGCCUUGUUGCUUUUUUGAGCGUUGUUGCAAACAAAACCUUUUUUUAAUCUUGUGACACCUGGAAAAUGCUGUUUAGUUGCUGUUCGUGGCAGCUGAAUUGUAACUGUUGGGUACUGUUCCCCCACCCACUCACUUCCUGCUCCAGCUCCUCUGUAUUGCCUAGAUGGAAGCUGCACAAAAAGCAGCAGCAAAAAAAA